AUGGGUUCGGCCUCUUCCAAGCACCGGGCUUUAGAGGACUGGGAGGACAAGGACGAGUCGUCUUUUCCCUGGCUCGAGCCUCGCGGUUUAAAAGUCGGCCAUGCGACGGACGUGCGACGCGCUUAUCGCCUGACGAGAGAUGUCCUUGGGGAGGGUCGCACAAGCAUCGUUUGGGUGGGCGUGGACAGGUUGAGUGGGACCCACGUGGCAGUGAAGAUGAUAUCUAAGCGGAUUGUGACAGCAAUGAAGGGAGAAGAGCAUCGGGCGUCUGAGAUUGAGAUCCUCCUUGCGCUGCAACGGAGUGAAGCAAGCAAGCAAUCAGACGGGAACAGCGACAGCUGUGCUGCUGCCGCCACCACCCCUGCGAGCAGCAACGGCAGCAUUAACACAACCAGCAGCACCACCGCUGCCGCCACUAAUAGCGGCGCUACCAGUUCCACUGAAACAACAGGAUCAUUACCUUCAUUUGCAGACCCUGCCUGUCCUGCUUCCUCUGGCAGUUCUGACACGGCUGCUGAUGCACGUGAUCCUGCCUCAGUCCCAGCCUGUCCCGGCGUUCUCCCAGUGCUGGGCACAUUUGAGGAUACCCGCUUUCUCUUCCUGGUCACUCCAUUGGUGACUGGAGGGGACCUCCUCUCGCACAUCGCAUCCCGACCCAAGUUCUCAGAGCGCCAUGCAUCAGUCAUUGUGCGAAAUCUGCUCAAGACUCUUGCACAUCUACAUUCUAAAGGGAUCGCACACCUUGAUGUUAACCCGACUAACAUUCUCUUCCCUGGUACAUCAUCCAAGCUUCUCCACUUGGUGGAUUUCGGAUCAGCCAUGCGCAUCCCUCCUGAAGGCGCUGCCUCGCCCUCUCCUGGCACCACACCCUUCUUUGCUGCCCCAGAAGUUUCCCAGAAACGUGUCUUUGCUCAGGCUGCAGACAUGUGGAGUCUGGGUGCGGUGCUGUUCUUGAUGGUAGGUGGGGUGCAUCCCAGCGUGGCUGUGGGUAAGGUGGCAACAUCUGCGGAGCAAGUUCAUGGGAAUGCCACGUGGCUAAGAUUACAGGCUGGUGACGUGGAGGGUUUGCCAGAUGAUCCCUCGUCCGAGCUUCUGGAGUUUCUGACGAGAUUGCUCACGCCGAAUCGGUCGGAGCGGAUGACAGCGAUAGACGCACUGUCACAUCCUUGGAUAAGCUCGUCUGCAUGCAAGCUGCGCCUGAGCCCCUUGCAGACGUCGGUGAGAAAUUGCAAGGAGUACGUGUCGAGGCGCACUGCUGGGUGCAUUGGCAGCGGUGUUGUGAGCUGUUCUACACCGAAACUUUACGAGCAGGAUGCACGAAAAGGAGCAGGGACGGCAGCAUUGGAAAGUAUUAGCAAGAAAAACUCAUUGGGGAGUGAUGCUGGAAUCGAAGGAUUCAGUGGUCAAAUGGGGAGGUUGGUGGUCGACACUACACUGGAUCUCGAACCGAUGAAGAAAAAGGAGCUCAAGUGGAAGAGUGUUGACAGUGAGCAAAUCUAG